UGCUCUCUCUCUCUCUCUCUCUCUCUCUCUCUCUCUCUCUCUCUCUCUGCAUUGAAUGAGAGCUUUCUUUGCCCAUCUCAUUCACUUAAUCCUUAGUGAUAGGAAAAAAACCAUCAUUCUAAUUGCAAUUUCUGUCCAGAAGCUAGAUUCUAUCCUCAAAUUAAAAAGGACCCAUUUUGAGCCUUUGUCCUAAAAUUUAAUAAUCCUUUGCUCUCUACCUACUCCCCCCCUCUCUCUCUCUCAUGGUGUUUUAUGGUGCAGGAAUCAUAGUCUCACAACAUGGGUUUGCUUAACUUUGUCUCCUUUGGCUCCACCCACCUCUUAUUCCAAAAUGGAUUUCUGCUUAUGAAGGAGGAGCAAAAUGGGUUGGCAAGAGAAGAUCAUUCCAGAGUUGGUUCAUUGCUUCAUUGUUCUUCUUUUUGUUGUUCAUGGAUGUAGAGGGCUCGAUGUAGCUCCCUAUCCUGCUUUAUCUGCUGAUCCUCCACACGUAAGAGAGAUAGCAUCUAGUCCUGCUGAUCUUCCAAAAUCACAAACUGCAUAUGCACCUGCUCCAAUAACUCCUCCAAAAGGAUCUGAUUCGCAUGCACCAGUUGCAUCGCCGCCUUCCUUCCUGGCCACCAGCCCCACUAUAAAUCCAUUGAUACCAACAGUGAAGCCUCCAGCUCCAUCCGCUCAUUCAGCAAUCGGACAUAAUUCGCCAAGGCAUGAUCUUUCUCCGUCUUAUGUGUCUCCUCCACCAAAAAGUGAUGUUAGUUCAAGUGUACCUAUAAGCAAUUCGCCAGUCAUACUGCCGCAAACUCCAGCUCCUCCAAGAAUUUUACCUGUCAAUCCACCCAGCGCACCAAAUACUGAGAGAAUUACUUCAUCAGCUGCACCUGCUGGAAGUACUGGAGAUUUCCAUGGACACGCGAUCUCCCCAUCAAGUAUAUCCCCUGUUAAUCAUGGGAAGAGUCAUGACAUUCCAAUUGCUCCUCCCCCAGUAGCGACAAACACUAACAUAUCCCCAAUAAUUCAUUCACCUUUAAAAGGGUCUUCCCCUUUGAUAAGCCCAGUUCCACAUAAAGCUGCACCGCCCUUGAAUACGAAGAAUGCUCCAUUGAAUUCACAUGCCCAAACUCCUAAAGUAGUAAUAUCUCUUAGUCCUGCAUCAGCUCCUGCUGUUCUGACCCGCAGACACAUGCAUAGAAAAAGAGUACCGAAACAUGUAUUUGCUCCGUCUUAUCCACCACCAUAUAUUCCAGGUCCAGUAGUCUCUCCACCUCCGAAAGUUGUUUCAACUAAUAGGCCAAGACAUCAUGCUCCUCCACCAUCGUAUCAAGGCCCUUCUGAAUCUCCCAUUCAAUCUCCAUCUUCUUCUGUGUCGUCACCAAUUCCUUCUAGCCCAAAUAAAGGAUCCAAUCAUCAUCCUAGCAUUUCUCCUUCAGGGCCUCUCUCUACAGUGCCAAGGGCACCAGUGGCUCAACCGGUUUGGACAUUACCACCUCCACCUCCUAAUUUAGAUUGCAACUCAUUAUCCUGCACAGAGCCUUUAACCGAUCCACCUAUAGGAUCGCCUUGCGUCUGUGUACUACCGAUUAAAAUUGGACUUCGUUUAAGUGUUGCAUUAUACUCAUUCUUUCCGUUGGUCUCUGACUUUGCCGAAGAGAUUGCAUUGGGAGUUGAUAUGAAGCAAAGGCAGGUUCGUGUUAUGGGGGCAAAUGUUGCUAGCGAACAGCCUGAGAAAACAGCCAUUCUUGUGGAUCUUGUACCACUUGAAGAGAAGUUUGAUAACUCUACAGCAUUUCAAACCUUUGAAAAGUUCUGGCAUAAACAAGUGGCAAUAAAAGCUUCACUUUUUGGGGACUACGAAGUUUUAUACGUUCUUUAUCCAGGGCUUCCUUCUUCUCCACCUAAGGCACCGGCAAAUGUUAACGUCGAAGAUGGGCAAUUUGGUAAUAACAGAAAUGCAAGGGCCAUGAAGCCUCUUGGGGUUGAUGUGAGGAAGCCAAAAAGAAAAGCCAACGGCAGCUUAAUAGCCAUUGUCAUCCUCUCAUCUUUUCUAGCAUUGCUUUUAUGCAGUGGAGCCGCACUGUUGAUGGUGUUGAAAUGGGGAGAUCAUUUUGAUUUACCUGAAAGAUUUCAACAUAGUUUACUGCCUCAGUUUGCAAAGUCGUCAGGUACUGGUCAUAUGAUUCUUGGAACCCAACAUAGUUCAGCAUCAGCUUCUUUUAGCUCCAGCAUCGCAACAUAUACAGGACAGGCAAAGACAUUUAAACUUUCCGAGAUUGAAAGAGCCACAAACUUCUUCGACGAAUCUAGAAUACUCGGAGAAGGUGGCUUUGGAUGUGUUUACCGAGGUGAGCUUGAAGACGGAACACGGGUGGCUGUCAAGGUUCUUAAGAGAUAUGAUUGCCAGGGCGAGCGAGAGUUUUUGUCGGAGGUCGAGAUGCUAAGCCGUUUGCACCAUAGGAAUUUGGUCAAGUUGAUCGCUAUUUGUAUAGAGGAAAACGCUCGCUGCCUCAUUUAUGAGCUCAUUCCGAACGGCAGCGUGGAGUCGCACUUGCAUGGACCGGAUAAGGAGACUGCUCCACUUGACUGGAAUGCCCGCAUGAAAAUUGCGCUUGGUGCUGCACGCGGUCUUGCCUAUCUGCAUGAAGACUCGAACCCCCGUGUAAUACACCGCGAUUUCAAGUCAAGCAACAUAUUAUUGGAGCGCGAUUUCACGCCAAAAGUGUCAGAUUUCGGCCUAGCAAGAGCGGCCAUGGACGAAGGCAAUCGACAUAUCUCCACGCGUGUUAUGGGGACUUUCGGUUACGUGGCCCCUGAAUACGCAAUGACCGGUCAUCUCCUCGUCAAGAGCGACGUCUACAGCUACGGCGUCGUGCUUCUCGAGCUGCUGACAGGCCGGAAACCCGUAGACAUGUCGCGGCCUGCAGGCCAAGAAAACCUCGUCACGUGGGCCCGCCCUCUCCUCACCAGCGCCGACGGCUUAGACGAAAUCAUCGACCCAUCCCUUGACGCCGAAGUCCAGUUCGACAGUGUGGCCAAAGUGGCGGCGAUCGCGUCCAUGUGCGUUCAACCGGAGGUCUCGCACCGUCCCUUCAUGGGAGAAGUAGUGCAAGCCUUGAAACUAGUGUGCAGUGAGUGCAAUAGCCAGGAGAGAUAUCCGGGUCCGGUAGGAGAUAUUAGUAACGGAGCGGGUAUGGAAGCGGAGAGGAUACUGUUAUCCGAUAUGUUCGGUACUUCGCCAAUGUCUAGUGGUGAUGAACAUGGUUCUUCUUUUCACAGGCAUUCAUGCUCAGGCCCUUUAACGACCGGUAAGAGCAAGCAGUUUUGGCAGAGACUGCGGAGUUUGCGAACUGGGAGUAUGAGUGAUCAUGGACUUGAUUCACUCGGAUUAGAGGCGCAUUCCGUCGGUAGCGGACACGGCCGAUGAGUUGCCGUAGAAUACCAUUCUCCAUAAUGCUAAGAGAUUCGUCGAAAAGAGCUCCAAGGUUUGGCUGAGAAUGGUUUGUUCAUCAAUAACUCUGGUGCACUUGGGAAUAAAGAGAUUAUAAGGGGGGGUGCAAUGUAGAUGUGGAAAUAUUUAUUGGCCAAGAUCAUUGGGGAGUAGCAUUAUUGGGGCUUGUGAUCUUCAAUAAAAGUGCAUGCCCACACUGUAGAGCUUCUGGGGUUUGAAGAAUCUGCUGUGCCUUUAGUUCUUAGAUGAUAAUUAACCAUCUUUUUGGUUUUGUUUGUUUGUUUGUUUUUUCUUUUCUUUUCUUUUUUGUUUCAGUGGAAUUAGGGGCUUUAUGUAUAGGGAAAGAUCUUUUGUUUUAAAAUUUUAUGAACUGUUUGUGGUUACUUGCAAAAUUGUGCUUCAUGAGAAAUAAUGGUUUUUUCUUAAGUUGAAAA